GUCAAACUUGCCACCCACAGUUCAUGGCAUAGAUGAAACCAUCGCUCAGCUCCUGGACCUCGCUGCUCCUCGCUAUCGCUCAGGAGUACACCUUCUAUCUUUCUGCAUGGUCGUCGUGUGAAUCUCGUGGUUCUUCUUGGCAUUUUUGCGGUGUUCAAGGCUUGUCAUGCACGCUGGAGUCGUUCUUCAACACAUUGGCGGGCUUGGGGCAUUGUAGUAAGCGGUAGCGAUUCUCGACGACCGGUUCAUACAACAUUCACUGCCCAUCUGGCCCGAAGCAUAUAAUCUUUGUCACAUUUAGCCUCAUAUCGCCUCCUGACCGAGCUCAACAUCGACGGGUACCCAUCCUCCAUCUGCGAUAAUAGAUCGAAGCCAACAGCGAGCACACAAUGACUACACUGUAAUUCGUAAUGUCCGAUUGUGUUUGAGGCUUUCGAAACGAGCUCUUCGAUGCGCGGUUGGACUGCUAUUUUAGGAUCCGACACACGACCGACGAGCGUCCGGUAAUGGCUGGUACUGGUUGAAGCUCGGAUGUCUUCACUGUAUCAGUAUUGGUUGGGACGUCAUAUGUGCAUCUCUGGUCUUCGUACUGUUAGGCAGUUGGGGACGGAUCUCUACUCAAUUGUCCCGAACUUAUCGAGUCUGAUUCCCCGUAACGCUCUAUUUGCAGCUUGCGCCUUCUAGCGCCUCAUCCAUUGGUCGCUUCCACAUGCUCGACUUUCUCAACCACUUGCAUAUCCUCGGCUCACCGAUUCACGUAUGUCAGCCUAUUCGUCGAGCCGCAUGACGAUUAGACACUGCGAGGUCCACAGAAGAUGGGGUAUUGGUCCGAUCUAAAAUAGGGAUGCCCUCCGUAUUAAAACCUGGGCUGCUGUGCGCAAUGUUUCGGUGUUCCUCCUCCUACGUUCUGUGGCAGAAAUUGUAGUCGCCGCCAUGGGAUACAAUCACUCUUUC